GAAGCAACAAAAUCCCUAGGGCGACAUAUCCGCAAACUAAGAAAAGACCGAGGGAAAAAGGAUAAAUAAGGAAAGAAAGCGUAAAUUUCGAAAGCUGAAAGUUCAGUGACGAUAUUCGUUUUUCUAGCCAUACUCCAGCUCAAGAGCCUUACCUCCUACAACAUCUCGAGUCAGCUGGCUUUCUCCCGUGUGCCUCUUUCUUUUCGCCCAUCAUGAGUACCCAGAAUACCAGCGCUCAGAAUCUUUCCUUCGUUCUUGAGGGAAUACACCGCGUCAAGUUCGAAGACCGGCCAAUCCCAGAGAUAAAAGAUCCUCACGACGUACUGGUGAACGUCAGGUUCACUGGUAUAUGUGGUAGUGAUGUUCAUUAUUGGGAACAUGGCUCCAUUGGCCAAUUUGUUGUCAAGGAUCCUAUGGUCCUGGGACACGAAUCUUCCGGUGUUGUCAGCAAGGUUGGCUCUGCCGUUACCAGUCUAAAGGUAGGAGACUGCGUUGCGAUGGAGCCAGGAAUCCCAUGUCGCCGCUGCGAACCAUGCAAGGCGGGAAAAUAUAAUCUCUGUGUGAAAAUGGCUUUCGCAGCGACACCUCCAUACGACGGUACCCUGGCCAAGUAUUACGUCCUGCCCGAAGACUUUUGCUAUAAGCUUCCUGAAAGCAUCACCCUACAGGAGGGUGCACUUAUGGAGCCCCUUAGUGUUGCCGUCCAUAUCGUCAAACAGGCUGGGAUAAACCCGGGUCAAUCAGUGGUAGUCUUCGGUGCUGGCCCGGUUGGACUUCUCUGCUGUGCUGUGGCGAAGGCUUACGGUGCGUCCAAGGUUAUCGCGGUUGAUAUUCAGAAGGGUAGGCUAGAUUUUGCCAAGAAGUACGCAGCAACGGCCACGUUUGAGCCAGCUAAAGCCGCGGCGUUGGAGAACGCUCAACGGUUAAUAGCCGAAAAUGAUCUAGGCUCGGGUGCAGAUGUUGCCAUUGACGCUUCAGGAGCGGAGCCCUCGGUUCAUACAGGCAUUCACGUUCUGCGUGCUGGGGGAACAUAUGUCCAGGGCGGUAUGGGCAGAAGCGAAAUUACCUUCCCAAUAAUGGCGGCUUGCACCAAAGAACUGAACGUCAAGGGCAGCUUCCGUUAUGGGAGUGGUGACUACAAGCUUGCAGUCUCCUUAGUAGGUAGUGGAAAGGUGAACGUGAAGGAACUGAUCACGGGUGUUGUCAAGUUCGAGGAUGCCGAGCGAGCAUUCGAAGAGGUUAAAGCUGGAAAGGGCAUCAAAACGCUUAUUGGUGGUGUCGAUUCAUAAAAUUCGUCAGACAUUAGCAACAUAGCAGACUGCAACCAGUUGCUUUGGACGUCAGUUAUUCCUCACGCUUUCUACUUCCCUAUCAGAUGGCUUCCAGGUUUGAGGCCUUUUGGAUCACAGGAUGUCAACUGCGAGGCAUCUUUAGGCAAUUGGUUCGGUCCAGAAAAUAUGAUCAUUUAACAUAUCUCUCGUGAUCUUGAGAAACUAUAUCCCCGCUUCAGUUUGUGCUGGAUAUGACU